CUUGACGGUAGUAGCUCUUGGACGCGCGUGACGUGUAGGUGUUUUGUGCGAUCGUACGAUUGUGGGCAAGAUUGAAAACUAGUUGGCCGUUGUCCGUUCACACGUACGCAUUGUACUCUUUGAAUACGCCUCCUCGGCAGUGGUAACGCGAUACAUAGGGUGCGACCAUCUGUAAUCUCCGUGCGGGGUGUAACCUCAGUCGUGCGCGCUCGCGCGCGCGCAUGUCAAAGCUACGUAUACGUGAGACACACACGCGCAGUAGAUAACGUACCUUCUCGCGGGGUCAGUGUUGUGUGCGCGAGAUUGCGAGUUCUCGAGAGAGAGAGAGAGAGAGAGAGAGAGAGAGUGUGCUCGAGACGAGUUCGCCGUGAUUCGUCGCAAACGUUUCAAUUGCCAAGUUUCGGUGGUGCGCGAACGAGAACAAAGUGUGAUCGACCGAGUGCGCGACGACGACGACGUUCUAGCGACACUGAUAGUGCACCGCCGCUCGGGCGGCGCACAGCCGACGUCGUCUGUUUGCAUGCCACGCUCCGACAACGACGACGCUACAAGGAUUGCAGCCAGCCGCUGGCGCUUCACGUUGCUCGUCGAGGUGGGCCGUUUCGCCGAUAUCGUACACAUUCCUAAAUUGGCGAUGAAAAUCGAAACGUCUCAGGACAUGACGUAGGCAGCAGGAGGGCUGUGGAAAGAAUCGUCGACGGUGGUGGCGGCCGCGCCAUGAGGAGUUUCGCGCCGUAGUUGCGGAAGCGAUGUUUAGAUGACUGCCUCCCCGAUGGACAAUCCGUUGCCGAUGAAUACGCUGUCGGUGGUCGAGGAGGAGGCGGCGAACAUCGCCAACAUCGCCGAGGCGUUCCCGCCGCAUGUCGAUACCACCAAUAUCGUUGUGCAACCAGAAUCUCCUACCAGCAAGAAGCAGACCCUCAAGACCUUCACCGAGGUGAACGCACUCCUGCAGGCUGGCAAGAAACGAGAGGUCAAGUUGAUGAUGCGCGAGAACGCCUGGCCGCUAAACAAUCGCAUCCGAACGCAACUCUGGCCGGCGCUCUGCAACCAGCACUCACAUGGCAAGAACAUGCUCGACGGAUUCUACUGGGACAUGGUUAAUCAAGUAUUCGGCACGACAGAACUCGAACAGCACAAGUCGAUUAUGCUACCACCUUUUGUCGAUAGUACACAUUGCUUGUCGUACAAUUUGACGAGAACUGGUAGAAACGUGGCGGACAGAGUCGUAUCGGUGCUCGGAUAUGCCUGUCCUGAUAUUACAUACAGCCCUUCUAUUUAUCCAUUAACAGCGCUCCUUUUGCAUUUUAUGCCAGAGGAGGAAUGUUACCAUUGUAUGGCCACUCUAGUAGCAGCCAAAGAAAAGACGUUUAUCACGCAGACCAAGCUGCUUUAUGAAGUCACGUGGAAAACAGUGGAGCAAAUUACCAAAAAAUAUGUUAAAUCAGCAGCCGUACAUUUAACAAGACACUGCUCCGGCUCGCGGGCCGAAAGGAUCUACAUGGACUGGAUCUGGUGGAUUCUUCAGUUUCUUCCAUUUCAACAUCUAGUCAGGGUUAUGGACUGUUUUUUACACGAAGGCAUUAAGGUAUUCUAUCGGGUCGCAAUGGCUUUAGUUUUAUUAUUUUACAAACACUCCUCACCACAAAAUUCAGAGUGGAUGAAUGAGAUUUCGAAAAACGGCAUAGACUCUGCUCUAUCCAGGUUUUGCAGACAGAUACCAAUUUGUCAACUUUCUUUUCAGGUGACGCCUGCAAAGUUCCUGCGCACCGCUUUCGGGAUUCGCGGACUCAGUUCUGCAUACAUAUCAAGGGUAUUUCUACGCACGGAAAUGGCUCUCAAGAGUAGAAACGUACUGACGGGUUCCCGAUCCCUGGCUAGGUCCCGUUCCACUGACAAUCUGCCCACCAGCCAGUCCCAAGUCAACAUCCAGAUGAUGUCUCACACGCUCACGAUACGCGAAAAAGAAUGUGAAGACACGUACAAAGACAGGGGCGCGCACAGUCCCGGACCGCGUGCCCUAUCGAUGGGCUGUUAUCCCAUACAAAGUAUAUGCUCUCAGAUCCUAGAUAUGCCUGAUUUGCUUACCCUAUGGUCGUGGCUACCGGCGAGGAUCACGAUGUACCAGCCGGUGUUGUUGUACACAACCGAGGAACACGGAUGUUCUCUGACAACGUUUUACGUGCGAGUGGAGCAACACGAGCCGACUCUGCUGAUGAUAAAAACCUGCAAUAACGAGGUAUUCGGGGCGUAUUGUUCCACCAGGUGGUAUGAACGCAACAUGAAAGUCGACGGGCAAAGACAGACCUAUUUCGGUACGGGUGAGACGUUCUUGUUCAGCUUGUAUCCCGAGCGACACAAGUAUGCCUGGGUGGGCAUGAAUCCGGAACGACAGCAGUGUCUAGUGAAAGACGGUGACAGCGACAAAGGUAUGAAAUCUAAGGCCAUAGACCACUCGGCCGAGCUAUUCAUGGCCGCGGACUCGAAAAUGAUAACCAUCGGUGGCGGAGACGGCCAAGCAAUUUGGAUGGACGAGAACAUUAGAUUCGGCAAGACGGAUCACUGUUCGACCUUCGACAACCCGCCUCUCUGCGCCAACGGUGACUUCGAGAUCAGAGUGUUGGAAGUGUACGGCUUCGCGGGUGCCUAAAAAGGGAAAAACAGUGCAGUGCAGUGCAUCAGUUUAUUUAUUCCCUACUGCCAUUUUGCGACUCUCUUUCUACAUAUACGUACACUAGAUACACUCGUGUUACAUGUUGUAAAUGUAUAUGUACGUACAUAUAUAUAUAUAUAUAUAUAUAUAUAUAUAUAUAUAUAUAUAUA